CUCCAGGAUGUGAACUGGCUGCUGCUGCCCUGUUUGGUUAGCACUGCACCUUACAAAACCUAGACACUAAAUCUAACAAAACUUCGAACAAAAAAGCAUGGGUAAAGGGCAUGUUUUGAUUCUUGCCAUUUUCGUGGCGUGUUUGUAUGGUAAUGCCAGGACACAGAUAUCAGUAACUGCUGAAAAAAAACAGACAGAUUUCACAUCAGGUGGUAAUAACAUUACUAAUAGUACCAGCACACCUACCACAGAGAGCAGCACAUCUGUUAAUAAAUCUGAAUCUGGUGUUACCACUACCUCACAAACUGGUGCUGCUGGAAGUAAUUCUACACAUAAUGGGAGCACCACAACCUCAUCACAGCAAAGCAACAGUACCACAAUGACUCAUAAUGUAACAACAGGAACUACAGUACCCGGGCCUACAAAUGCUACAGAUGUAUCAACAACUAAACAAAUGCCAAACACCACAACCACAUUUAUACUUACUACUACAGCCCAGCAAGCAGCUAACAGCACAUUGAACAACACCAGCAGCACAUCUGAAGGUGGUGUAUUUCCCCAAGACAAUGUUCUCAGCCCAGGUCUGGUUGCUGUGAUCUGCAUCUUUGUUGCAGUCAUAGUUAUAUUUCUGGUAGUUGCAGCAGUGAAACUGUGCCAGCGAGAUCAACCAGCAUUCAAACGACUUGAAGACCUACCAAUGAAUAAUAUGAAUGAAGAAUCACCCUUUGCUCAAUACCCACCCAAGUAAAUCUGAAGUCAGUAUUUGUUAAAUUCUGAUGACUGCACUGCCUAGUUUGUUUCCUGCAUAGUGCAAACAGAGUGCCACUGUGGACUCUUUCAGCAUAGUAACUAAUAAGCAACUGAGUACAAUGGAUACUGAAGUCAUCUACAUUUUUCCUGAUUCACCAUGUGUCCAACUUCUUUCUGAGCAAAGCAAGAAUUUAAUUGACCUGUCUUAAGUAAAUGGCAUACUUUUGUAGCAGGCUUGGUAUGUGUUUAGGGUAUCAGACCUAUGUACUAUGAAGCAGGUACUGCAUCAUAUCACACACAUAUACUGAAAAGGAAUUCUACAUUUUGGUGGGUGCACUAUGUUUGUUAGAUAAAUUAUACAUUCUCCUUACAAUCUGGUAACUUUCAGUUUGCAGCUGCACUGGGACAAACUGUAGAUAGCUUUUAAAUGAGAGGGAACUUUACCUUGCCAUUCCCAAGGACUGAGUUUAAUAGGAAUCAGAGAAAGGAACAACAGCAUUUGUUUGCACAAGAUAAUGAUAGCUGCCUUGACUACAGAUUUCUUCCAAUUAGCAACAUAACUUUUCCACAUUUUCCCCACCAAGUGAGGUAUUUCAUAGGUAGAGGUAUAGGGUUGUCUUGGCAUGAAAGUAACUGACCAGGUGUCUGCAUUGUUAAUGUGCCAUUUUUGAAACCUCCUGCAUAAAUGUCACACUGACACAGGAUGGCCUACUCCCUCCCUAUUCUGAAGAGUUGACUUCUUUACCCUAAAGCUGUACCAGUGAAAGCCUAUGUUUCCAGUAUGGGACCAUACUGGCCCAUAGAUCCAGAUCAUAGUUUGGGUUUGAGUUGGGUAACUAUAUUUUGCCAACUUUACUUUUUUAAUUUCAUUCUAAUUAUAUUAGCUGUUAAUUCUCUUAUUUCAGAUCAAACCAUGGCUGAUGUAGAUGAACAAGUCAUAAGCCAGAGUGGCCUCUGAGUAAAAGUAUGGCUCUCUUUUCAUAAUUUUGGAUAUAGUGGUUUUGAGAACCUACGUUUCAGAGGAACACUGGAUCUUUCCAUAAAUUUCAAUUAAUUUUCUUAUACAAGCUUUUGCUGCUCAUUUCCAUAGGAUCUACUGAUGUAACUGUUAAUUUGAUUCUGAUACAUUUUCUUUUCAAAUAAGACUGUUAAUCAUAUUUGUGCUGGUGUAUAAACACUAUUUAAAUUUUUUGAUCAAGUAUGCCUAUGUGGUUUCAGGACUUGAAAUAUAAUACCUUGAUCUUAAUACUCAGUAUCGAUGGACAGAAUUAUACUGUAUGUGUUAAAUGAAUGUUUUUAAAUUAUUAAAAUAGGCAGACCAAGGUUUUGAACAACAGCAUGGAUUUUAGUUCUAUUUAAAGAGAACAAAAUUUGCCAUUGACAUUAUUGCAUGCCAUUUAUUGUCACAAAGUAUAUGUGCUGAACUUGAAAGUUUGUGGUGUAAUAUGUUCUGUUAGUCAACUGGGGUCUUAUCAUUUAGAAACUGGGCUGUAUUUUUCAUCACAAAAAUAAAGCUGAAAGCUGCUGAUCAUAAAAUCAGAAUGCAUUCCAAUGUCUUAAUAAAAUGACUGAUGAGAAAGGCAUUUGAAAAUAAUUAUAUUUUAAUGCUUUCUAUUUCAACAAUUUAGACCUCCGUGAAAACAAGCAUUACACAGUUAUGUAAACACGUAAACACUUUGCAUUAUAAAUUGAGUUCUAAACCAGUAUUGUAAAAACUGAGAAGAGCUUUGCUCCCUGACAAAUCUAUGUGCAAUACUACCACUAUGCCCCAAGAUUGUUAUCACACAGCUAUGUGGCAUGAAUUAAUGUGUUUUAAACUGUACAGUCAGCUGUAAAUCAGUAUCACAUAUUAAAAAUAAAGUUACUUUAGGAAAAGUA